AUGACAGCCUCCAGCCAUGCACAAGUGCUGGAUCGGUACCAGGCAAUGCUGAGGGAGAGCAAGCACUUCACCACCUACAACUACAAAACUUACACCAUCAGGAGGAUAGGAGAUGCUUUCAGAGAAAAUAAGAAUGUACAGGAUUUUGUAAAAAUUCAAGGCCUAAUGAAUAAAGCCAAAAGAGACCUUGGAAUAAUCCAAUUACAGGUCCACAUUAGCCAACUGUAUUUGACUGACAAACUUCAUUGA